AUGGAUUUAUUGAGGGAUGCAGGGAUGCUUGGUUGUAAGCCCUCAACUGUGCCUAUGGAUCCCCUAAAGAAGUUGAAACUGGACUCAGGCACUCCUCUAAAAGAUGCAUCAAAGUAUAGGAGACUCAUUGGAAAUUACUCUAUCUCUGCAUCACUAGGCCGGAUGUCACCUAUGCUAUUGGGCAGCAUGCCCAGAUAUAAGAAAAAGUCUAUGACCGAAUAUUGUCUAUUUCUUGGCUCCUCAAUGAUCUCAUGGAAAGCAAAGAAGAAGCAAACAACUAUCUCUCGGUCAUCAGCUGAAGCUGAGUACAGAGCUAUGGAUCAGGCUACGUGUGAA